AUGCCUCGACCAUAUGCAGUCAUCUCCCUCGCUUUAUCGAUAGUAAUCGGCUUAGUUCUGGUUUCAAUCAUUGAUGACACCACUAAUCCAGCUCUUCGCGGUGUUAAACCCUCAAUUUAUAAGCUGGUAGGGAUCGGUGCCCUGGCCACCCCCCUUAAGCAAUACAUUCCCACAAAUUAUCUACGUCUUCCUUUCCUGGGAGCCGGCCUUCCGACAUACUACCAGCACUCAAAGAGUUACGAAACUACAAAUGUGAACACAGCAAAAGCAAGGGGAGAGGCGAUCAGUACUCGACAAUUGGAAGAAGAGACUCGCCUGAGAGAUCGAAUCAGGAGGGAUAGCAAGAGAAAAUGGGACUCAUCACAUCCUAGAUAUAGGUUAUUAACCGCUAUGCAUGGUUUUGCUCGCUACAAAGAUAGAAAUCUAGCCGAAGCCGAACGAUGGAGUACCCUAUAUUUGAACUCCCCCAAGCGACACCGCACACUCAUUGAAUCUACUGUGGGGUACACUUCGAAGCUGGAGAAGGUUAAAGAUCUUUUUGCAGAAAACAACGUCCUCGCUCAGGCAAUUCUAGAUAAUGCACUGCAUUUUUAUGGGGUCGAUCGAGCUGAAUUGGACCAGUUCAUCCAAGAGGCUGAGUCCAAUGGUAUUGUGGCCGAUAAGACCAGCACAUCUCAAGCGAUGAAACACUUUGUCAGGGAUUGGUCCACGGAAGGGUUGUUCGAAAGGGACGCAGCAUUUCCCUGUGUGGUGGAAGCCCUGAAAAAUUAUUCUGUCCCUUCAAACAAUAAACCUCUUCGAGUCCUAGUUCCUGGCUCUGGCCUUGGGAGGUUAGCACACGAUAUUGCAAAACUGGAAGGUUUUAAGGUGACUUCCAACGAAUGGUCUUCGUAUAUGAACAUAGCAUACCGUUAUGUCGAGGGCUUACGGAACAUAAAUUCAGAAACCUUUUUCCCUUUUAUUGACUGGUGGUCACAUCAGGCAGCUACAGCAGACCUCCUCCGCCCCGUAAAAUUCCCAGACUCUCCCCCUUUCCAUGCAAACAGUUCGCUCGAUCGUUCUCUCAUCCACAUCGAAGGGGACUUCACCUCCAUGCAUCACGGCCUACCAGCGGCAGAGACCAAAUACGACGUUGUAGUAACACUCUUUUUCAUCGACACUGCUAGAAAUCUGAUGUCCUACUUUGAAACAAUUCGCGACUCGUUAAAUGAGAAUGGCACUUGGAUUAAUCUUGGUCCAUUACUUUAUGGAAGUGCCCCAUUCUUACAACUUUCUAUGGAUGAAAUCGUCGAUGUGUGCGAACACUUGGGAUUUGAGUUCCUUGAUACGUCUUCAACGUGUGGUGUUACUACCCUUGACGGGAGGAAAGUCAGAAGCAAAGAAGUACCAUAUGGGCUGAGUGAUCGAUCCUUAUCCAAGAAUGCCUACAAGGCUCAGUUCUGGGUUGCGAAGAAAGGGAAAGCAGCCCCGGAAUUUCAAUAG